GCUUGUGGGGAGACCGGCCCUGCAGCACCCCGAACAGGCCGGCCGAUGAGGCAGACACUUGUCGAGGAUGCGGACAGCAUCAUUACUCGUAAUGAGCACACGAGCCGCUUCCUUGAUAACUUCCUGUUCUGCACGAACCAGCCCUUCAGUCUCGUCGACAACGAUGAAGGCACAUCCGUCAUGGUUGUCGUACCAUAGGGACGAGGCACGAACGAAGAGGCUGAACGGCGCGUUCGGAAGGACGAAAGCAGAUGUGAUCGACAUGAUCACGAAGUGGCAGGUCACCGGCUGCAUGCUUCAGAUGGAUGGUUGGUCUGACAGACGCAACCACCCCCAUCCGAAUGUGAUGGUGUCAUCCGCGAUAGGGACCGUUUUUUGGAAAUCGGUGUACAUGGAGGGGAAAGACAAGGACGCGGCGAUGUAUUUCAAGAUCCUUGAUGGGGUGAUGAAGGAGAUCCGGUCGAACGCGGUGAUCGGUGUUGUCAUGGACAACGCAAGGGUGUGUGUGAAGGUGGGUAAGAUGGUGGAGGCCGCUUACCCUCAAAUUUUUUGUGUCGGUUGCACUGCGCAUGCCCUCGAUCUAGCACUCAAGGACAUGUACAAGCAACUCGGUUGGCUGGCGGCGGUCAUCGACGCCGGGAAUGCAGUCGGCAAAUUUUUCACGAAUGUGGACAAGGCAAGGGCUUUGUACGAUAAAUUCUCACUGAAUUUGAAGUUGAAGCGGUCGGCGGUUACCCGAUUUGCCACAAGUCACGACAUGCUGGCUUCACUGCAUAGAGGGAGGAAUGCACUGGAGAAGUGCAUCCGCGACACGGCGUGGAUGGACAAGAUGGUGAGGGCAAAUCAGCUCGCUGCUUUCCGUGAGGUAACCUUCAUCGUGCUCGGACGGGACAGGUUUUGGGACAAGGUGGACAAGGCCAUUGCAGUGAUGUCUCUUGUUGUGGAGCUAUUGCUCCUGGUCGACGGGCCAGACGCAACAAUGUCGAAGGUCUACUUCGAGAUAGAUGCGCUCGUCAAGAGAAUGUAUGGCCUUGACUGUGUCACCCCGGGUGAGAAGUCCGACAUUGAGGACAUUCUAAUGCAUCGGUGGUCUUUCAUGAGGAGCGAGCUGCACUGCGCGGCUGCCUUCAUCGACCUAGAGUACUGGUGUCGGUGCGAAUACCCUGACAAGGGUAUCCGCCCUAGUUUUUGCACUUGACAGGAAGUAAGUCUAUAAGUCCUAGUGUACCACGCGAGUCG